AUGAGUAUACGCAUGCUUCUCGCGGGUCUGGCCUUUGGCCAGACACUGGGCCUCAAGUCACAAGUCCCGAUGGCCGAAUCGUGCGCCGCCAGCCCGCUGCUCCCAGACUCUCAACUCGCCUGCAGCAAAGCCACAAUCUUGAAAUCGGGAGAGUUGCCUGUCCUUGACAAUGUCGCCGGAAACAGGACAGAAAAGCCGCCCAAGAAGGACAUUUGGCGUUCGGACGAAGGCUGGCAAGGCCCUCACUCUUGCGCCGGUGCCUUUUGCGCCUACUCGCGACCGUCCUUCGCCAACGGCCGCGGCAUCGUCCUCGUGAGCACAGCGUACAACGCCGAAGAGGCGUCUCAUCUCGAGGCCUUUGCCAAGGAGUCUAUCAAGGGGGAGGGCGACAGCGAAUUGUUUCGCGUCGUGGAGAUGCCCGGCAAGGGACUGGGUCUCAUCGCGAACCAACCUAUUCGGCGUGGGCAGCGUAUCAUGGCUCAUCCGCCGGCGGUCGUCGUGCACCGGAGGUUCGUAGACGUUCUCGAUCUGGAGAACCAGUAUCGUCUGCUUGAUGUCGCCGCUGCGCAGCUUCCCGAGGAUACCAGAAAGACCUUCAUGGCGCAGAUGGGGCAGUCAGGCGAGCAAAAGUCUACAGGACACAAGGUCCACGAUAUUAUGCACACCAACUCGUUUGAGCUGGGCCUCGGGAUUCGAGACGGCCAUCACUUUGGCAACUACCCAGAGGUUUCGCGUUAUAAUCAUGAUUGUAGGCCCAACGUCGCCUUCUACAUUGACGACUCGGACAUGCGUCACUACACGCACGCCAUCAAAGAUAUCCAGCCCGGCGAGGAACUCACCAUUUCCUACGUCGACUCGCUGAGCUCCCGCGCCGUCCGCCAGGACCGAGCUCAGCGCAACUGGGGAUUCGGAUGCACCUGCCAGCAAUGCAGUCUCUCCGAGGCCUUCAUCCGCUCUUCCGAUCAACGUCUCGGCAAGAUGUGGCAAAUUGAGCAGCAGAUGAGCCACUGGAACGGGGCGCAGGUUGACGAGGAGAUGAUCGAGGAGCUGAUUUCGCUCUACCGACAAGAGCAGCUGGAUCAGUCUCACGGCUCUGAUGCGUUUAGACUGGCUGCGCUGAAUUACAACUCUUUGGGGAUGGAGGAGGAGGCGCUUGAGUAUGCCAAGCUUGCUGAAGAGCAACUCUUGCUGGAGAAGGGUCCGCGGGCGAAGCAGAUCAAUGAUAUGAGAGACUUGUUACAGAACCCGAAAGAGCACUACAGUUGGCGACAGAGAGUUUGA